AUGCCUCCCACAACCAUCAGCGCAAUGAUGCGACACUUUGACCCGUGCGUCGCCACGGCCGAUAUGUUCCUUUAUGCCCAGGGCAACUCUAUUGUUUGCUGCCACCACGAUACCCUCACAAUCGAGCGCCGGUUUUCGCGGCACCCCGACGAGGUUCUGUUAUUGGCGGUCGACAACCAGAGCGAGCGGGGCGCCGGCCGGCUUGUGGUCAGCUACGAUGCCAGCCAGAAUGCCAUUGUUUGGGAUAUUAUGUCUGGCAACGAGGUUGCUCGGUUUGCGUCGUUUAGCAACCUGACAGCCGUGGCAUGGAUGCGGAACGGCGCUGUUGCCUUUGGAAACGACUCGGGCACCAUCAUUCUCUUCGAGCCCGAGACCUCUGAGCACGUAUCCUUCCGCACAAUAGACCAAAUUGCCGUUACGGCACUGGCGCCGGCCACUGAUUGCCGUACAUUCGCCAUUGGCUACCAGAACGGCUCCAUUUUGAUUUGCAACCUCCAGCCAAGGUUCACCAUCCUCCACAACCUGAACACGUCGCGAGGUCCGUCGCCAAUUGUUGGCCUGUCCUGGCAUGCAUCUUCAACAAGACAGCGGUCGGACAUGCUGGCUGUGCAGACCUACGAUGGCGACUUACGAGUGUGGAGUGUCUCCAAGUCACACAACGGUGUUGAGCCCGCUAAAGUGGUACGCAUCCUGAAGCGAACCGACAACUACUUGCCAGGACCGAACUGGAUGAACUGGUCUAAGAACGGUCGCAUCAUCCAGUUCUCCGAGGGCGAGACACUCUCUUGGGACGUGCGCACAAAGCAUGUCACAUACGACAGCAUCCCGACGUUGGAGAAUGUCCGUGGCCUUGCCGUUUACGGACCAGGUGCAAGUCUCUUUACACUGGGUGCCAAUAACACUGUACAGCAGUUCGACUUGAAUGCGCCGUCUGUGCUGGUGGCCGACGUUCAGCACCCAGCCAACUUGCUUCCGCCCUCUCCGCCAGUAUCUGUGGAGGAGCAGGAGAAGGAGGCUGCCGCUGCGGCAGCAGCUGCCGCCGCCGCCGCGUCAAGUGCGAUCGAGACGGAUAGCUCUGCGGCUGCGACAUCUGAAUCGGAAAUUUCCAUCCACUUGGACGGUGGCGUGUCCGAGAGUGACGAUGAUUACCAGUCACCGCUUGCACGCUUGGUUAACGCAGGACAUAUCGUUGACGACACGGAGUCGGACAUCGCUCGCACUGCUAGCGCCAGCUCGGCUGCCAGCCACAUCUCGGAAGAUAAGUCGGAAACGAGUAGUAAAACGCCUGGCCGCUAUGCAGGCUCGAUUCGGUCCAAAGGCAUGACGGAGUACACAUACAUGUCCAUUGGCUCGUCUCUCAAGUCAUCAAUUCAUCCCAACAACAUGUACCAGCAGCCACACCAGCAGCAGCCACAGCAAAAAUCCCACCACAGAGUGCACAAUCCCCAUCGUCAGUCCGUAUCAACGUACAGUACCGCCACAAGCACCACCUUCUCAACGACCAGCAGCCGCACGGGAAUGUCGCGCCCAUCCCGGCUGCGAAAUGAGGUGCCGCAGAGCCCAGACGGCGCCAAGGUGAUAGACCUGUUCAAGUUCACCCGCAGUCGCCUGAGUGACGUGCCGUACCGGAUGCCACCUGCACUGGCCAGCGGCGUACGCCUGACCAAUGACGACCUGCGCCGCCAAAUGCUCUACACCAUCUUUGGCUGGACAGAGGACAUUGGCGAUCUCGUGCGCGACGAGAUGGAUCGUUAUCCCACUGGUUCAGCCAACCGCAUCCUGCUUGCCAAGUGGCUCGGCGACAUUGACCCGGACAUCAUGAAAACCAGCUCAGAGACAAUGACCUCGUCGGACUGGAUGCUGCUCGCUCUGAGCGGUAUCGGCAGCCAGGCAAGCCAACACAAGCUGGGCCGUGCCUACACGCAACGGUUGCUAGAGAGCGGCGAUGUGCAUGCGGCUGCCACCAUCAUGAUUGGUAUGGGCGACUGCAACGACGCCAUCGAGAUUUAUGCCUCGCACCACAAGUACAUGGAGGCGCUGAUCGUGGCUGCCCUUUUCUUCCCAUCCGUGUGGGAGAGACAGUCGCAUCUGAUCAAGAAAUGGGGCGAGUGGGCCAUUAAGAAUGGCCGCCGUGAGCUUGCCAUUCGAUGGUAUGUACUAUGA